AUGGAACACCCGGUAGUCCACCUCUUGAAGUCGCUCAUGUCCAUUGUGAGCACUAGCGAGCUCGAGCACGACAUCGGCGUCUUUCUGGAACAACAUCUCCAAUCCCUAGGCUACACCGUCGAACGAAUCCCCAUCGCACCAAGUUCCACUCGUCACAAUGUCUACGCAUACCUCGGCUCCUCCCGCAAGACACGCGUGCUUCUCACGGCUCACAUGGACACGGUGCCGCCGCGUAUCCCGCUGACGGUUGACGGCGGUGUCAUCCGUGGGAGGGGUUCUUCUGAUGAUCUGGGCCCGUUGGCGGCGCAAAUCGUGGCUGCGGAGGAGCUGAGAAGGGAGGGAAAGGUCCGGGAUGAGGGAGAUAUUGGAUUACUGUUUGUCGUUGGUGAGGAGAAUGGCGGGCAUGGCAUGGUCGCUGCCAAUGAUAUGGGACUGACCUGGGAAUCCGGCAUCUUUGCCGAACCAACCGAGAGCAAGCUUGCGAAGGGGCAUAAGGGACAGGUGGCGUUCGAAGUCAUCGCCGAAGGCAUUGCCUGUCAUUCGGGAUACCCUCAUCUUGGCAAAAGUGCGACCUCUACGCUUCUCGCCGUCCUCAACGACCUCUCCGCAGCAAGCUGGCCGGAAUCAGAUCUCCUAGGCCCUUCGACAUUCAAUAUCGGAACUCUCGAGGGCGGAGAGAAACAUAACAUCGUCGCUCCAUCAGCCAAAGCACUCUGCGAAGUGCGCAUGGUCACUGACCUCCCAGGUAUCAAAUCAAAAAUUGCGGAAAUAGUCUCGAAACACCCCGAUGUGGAGCUGAAAUUUGUCUUUGAGUACCCCGAGGCCCUCUUGGAAUGGGAGAUCGAUGGCUUUGAUGCAGCUCCGGUGGCUUUUGGAACGGACAUUCCUCGACUCAAGGAUGAGUAUUGUAACAAGAGGGUCUUGUACGGACCGGGGUCAAUUCUGGUAGCACAUGGGCCAGAUGAGUACAUCCGCGUCUCGGAGUUGAUUGACAGCAUCUCUGGAUACAAAAGGCUGGUUCUCCACUUCCUCCAGUGA